AGGAAACCUAUCAGCUAGAAACUGAGACUGGAAUUUGAGGAAGGAGGAGUGCAACUUCCUUCUCAGUCACUAAGUUCUCAUUUUUCUUUUCUUUCUCAUAGUGCCGGGCUGAUUUUCUGGGCUAAAAAAAACCCAAAGAUUUGUUUAGAGUAGUUCUGAGCUCUCAGCACUUCUCAUGUUUUUGCCAGUGCUUCCAGUGUUCAGCAUGGAUGCCUUUGACAGCCAAAGGAUGAAUGAGCAAUAGAAAAGGUUCAGCAACUCAGUGGUGUCUUCCUCUGGAUCCAGGGACCUAAAGGGCCAAGCUUUUAUAUCACAAAACCAAAAACGGGGAUUGGUGAGCACACUGUGAUUAAAUGGAAGCAGAAAUCACCUAUGCCGAAGUGAAGUUCAAGAAUGCAUCACCAACUGAAGAGGUUGAAGUACCUCAGAAGAAGCAGCAGCAGCAUGAGCAACAUACGCAGACAUGCCCUCCAUGGCUCCCGUGGCUGAUCUCACUGCUCCUGCUCCUGGUGUGCGUUGCCCUUGUUGUUCUCCUAGUCACUCACGUCUCCCAGAGCUGUGACAAGCCCGCAGCCCUGCAGGGGAACCACACAGAGUUGCACUGCAUCUUGGCGGUGCAUCAAGGCAAAGGGCGAGACUUGAAGUGCUGUCCAGAGGGCUGGAGACCCUUUCAGGAAAGCUGCUAUUUCUUCUCAGAUAAUCAGAUGCCCUGGGAUGAGAGCCAGCAGAACUGCAGUGGGAUGGGCUCCCAGCUGGUGGUGAUCAAUACAGAAGCAGAGCAGGCUUUCAUCAAUAAGGAAAUAGGAAGACAGGUGAAAUACCAACAAAAGAGACACGAUUUCUACAUUGGUCUGAGGGCACAGGAGGUGGGCCAGUGGCGCUGGGCAGACCAGACUCCCUAUAAUAAAUCAGCAGCGUUCUGGAGGUCUGGGGAGCCAAGUAAUGACUCUAAUGAGCUGUGCGUAGUAAUCCAUCACAAAGCAGGAAAUCUCCAGAACUGGAAUGAUGUCCCAUGCACAACCCGUUCUUCUCGGAUUUGUGAAACUGCAGCAGCAACUCUAUGAUGGAGGAAUCCUCAUCCUGAGAUUAGCAGUGAACUGGGAACAGCAGAGGGCUGUGUUGGGAGGGGUAGGAGAGCCUUGGAGCCUUUAUCUUCCCUCUGCUGGGUGGGAUGGUGAGACUGGGAGUGAUGUUGCUCUGCACCCAGCAUCCCCUGUGCUUGUGCAUUUCUGAAAGUACUAUGAAGUGGAAACAAUAAAUGCUAGAAGAACUCUGCCUGUGCUUUCUCAGGCUGACCAUCCCAUCCCACGGUCGGUGAAGACAGAUUUGGCAAUGGAAGCUCCAGGCAAGCAUGGCAGGUGAAGGUCAUGUCUGGGAAAUGGGCCAAUGCCUUUCUUUCAAUGCCAUUGCCUCCAUGGGAUGGACACACGAGGGUUCAGGGUCAUCAGAGCAGUUCCUGGGCUCUUCUGUCAGUCAUCCUCUUCUCUCUGUGUGGGUCUGGCAGCUGCUGGCUGAAAAGAGCUGGAGCUCUCCUGAAGGAAGAAAAUGCAGGAAUGCAAGAAGGAUGCUCAGAGCUGCUGUUCCCUUUGUCUCCCUGAGAAGAGGUGUCUGCUCCUUGCUGGGUCAUAGAGAGUCCUGUUCAGCAUUGGUUUUGCUGAACAAAUACUGAUUUCCUGUAAAGCAGAAAAUACAAUAUUACACCGAUAAAAAA